AUGCGGCGGCGCCUCGCGCCGGCGCUGCUCCUCGCCGCCGCGCUGCUGCUGGCGGCGCGCCGGGGCCCGGCUGUGAUCGCGGCAGAUUGUCCCUUGGAUUUGAGUUGGCCCAACUACGGACUGAUAGCUUCAGUGUGCUCGGACCAAAAUGGACACUCAAAGUGUUGCCGCUACAUCAAUGCUGUUCUUGCGGUCUCAUCUGCCAUGUAUGCAAACACAACAGGCACUCUUGGGGUUCCAGCUCAAUUUUCUGAUGCCUGCAUUGCCAAUAUCUCUGAUACAUUGGUGUCGAAGGGGAUACUGCCCACUGCCGCUUCGUUUUGUGGCCUUGGGAUCAAAAUUCAAGUGUCCUAUCAGUGUGUUGGGAUGACCACCAUCCAUGAGAUGUUGCAGUCUCCGAAUUUCAGCGAUGUCACAAGAAGCUGUGAAACUACACUUUCGGAUGAUAUCACUUGCAAGAGGUGCUUAAACUCUGGUCUGUCGUACCUCCGCCAUCUUGUUGGGGAACAAGAUAAUGUCACGUUGAAUACCUGCCGUGAUGCUGCUUUUGUUGCAUUUGUGAGUCAAGGGAAUAUAUCUACCGUUGAUACGGCUGGUUGCUUUUUUAGCGUUCAGGGGCUUAGUUCUCUUCAAGCGCCGAGUAAACACCUGUUACCAUGGAAAAAUAGGGUCCAAAUUGUCAUCGAUGUUGCUAAUGCUUUGGAGUACCUUCAUUUUUAUUGUGAUCCUCCACUAUACCAUGGAGACGUUAAGCCUAGCAAUGUCUUCUUGGACAAGAAUUACCUUGCAAAGCUUGCUGGUUGUGGUCUUGCGCACCACUCUAGUAGUGGCAAUACAACUCCCAGUCGCACCCCAGUAAAUGUCAAGAUCCAAGCAACUCCUGGCUACGUAGACCCCGAGUACAUGGUGACCCAGGAGGUGACCACGAAGAGCGACGUGUACAGCUACGGCGUGCUGUUGCUGGAGCUGGUCACGGGGAAGCCGGUGAUCCAGGACAACAAGAGCCUCGUGGAAUGGUCCCGCGAGCUCAUCGGCACGGACUACCGGCUCCACGAGCUGGUCGACCCGUCGGUGGCGGACGCGUUCGACCUGGACGAGCUGCAGGUGGUGGCGGACGUGAUCCACUGGUGCACGCACCGGGACGGCGCGGCGCGGCCGUCCAUGAAGCAGGUGCUCCGCAUCCUGUACGAGCGGCUGGACCCGCUGUCCGGCCGGUUCGCGUGCGCCGCGGAGGGCGAGGAGGGGUACUACUACUGCCACGGCGGCGGGCGGGUGAAGGGGAAGCAGGCAGGCGGCGACUUGACCCAGUUCAGCGGCGACACGGCGCGGUCGUGGCUGCCGUCGUCGAGCAGCACGUCCAGGUCGCACUGCAGCCGCAGCGUGCUGCUGGAGUGCAACUCGCCCGAGCCGGAGUCGUCCCCGGCCCACGGCCACGCCGCGUUCUUGGCCUGA